AUGACCGGGUCCCAUGUGGCUUACACGAAAAGGUUUUUACAGAAAGGGGAAGCAGAAAAAGAUCCAGACAGGGGAAAAGGUGUGUUAGGUGAUGGAAAAACAGAGAGGAGGCAGACAGGUGAAUACGAAGUGUUCGUCCCUGGAGGUCAGUGUGCUUGUCGGCAGAUGGAAAUGGAAGAAAGAGCCGGAGGUGAGACGGUAAAGAUUUUUCACAUGAUGUACGUCCUUUCUGCUUUUUUCUUUUACCAGUGACAUGAACCUGUCAGACUGGAAUGGCGCUCACAUGUCGCCUCACGUGACGAUCCCUGCAGCUCGUUGAAAACAUGACUCAGCGGCAUGAGCACUUCAAACACUCAACAUUUCAAACAUACCAGGAUUUCGAACAAUAGAUUGAAGAUUUGAUCUGAUUCAAACCUGCUGGAGUGAAUUUUGUUUGUUUUUUUUGCAGACACAUGGAGUUUCUAUCAUUUUUAUCUGAUUUUGUCCUGUUAUCAUCAUCUCACCCGGCUGUAACCCUCACUCUAAAUCUUUACAACGAGAAAAAGGUGCUUACAGCCUCAUCCCACACCUACCCUGCAGCCGUUUUUGCAGGCAUUAAAAAUAACCACAUAGAAAUAAUCAGUCUUCAGCUCGUGGCCUCUUUUACUUUUAUGGGUCAUAUGAAGGCGACAGCAUUAAUUUUAGUCAGUUAUACCGAAACCAGCUCCAAACUUCUCUCUGUAGCUUUAAGAGAGCAGUAGGGGAGAGUGGGGUAAGAUGAGCCUGUGAGACGUGGACGAAGACAGCCAACGUCACCAACAUGUUGGAUGUCUUCCAUCGACGGUGCCUCAGAUCCAUCCUAAAGAUAUUAUGGAGAAACCACAUCACCAAUGAAGAGGUGAUGAGAAACGCAGGUGUAGCACCCUUGUCUGACAUCGUCUCUGACAGGAGAACGAGAAUGACCGGACAUGGACUCUGACUGCCAAGAGAGAGACCGGCAAGUGUAGCAAUAGACUGGAUGCCAGCGGGGGUAAAGAGAAGGAUAGGGAGGCCAAAGAAGACAUGGAGACAAACAGCCAAGGAAGACCUGAGCGAGAUGGGAGUCAGCUGGCAUGGGGCAAGAAGGGUCGCUAG